AGGUGGGUCGUGAGGCGGCGGCGGAGGAGCGGGAAAGAUUUGGUCGCGUGUGAGGGGAGGGGAAUAAAAAGAAAGAAAGCAGGUGAGUGAGGGAGCGCGUAUUUAUUUCCUCUCCUCAGAACCGUCCUUUGUCCUCCUUUCUCUCCUUUUAUUUUAUUUUAUUUUUUUGUUGUUAUGGCGGUUCGCAACAGAAAAAAAAAAUACAAAACGAGAACACAAUAAUAAAAAAACCGAAUACUCGAGUUUUCAAAAUACCUUAUUUUCUUAACCAGCGACGUGGUGGGACCCCAGAGGAUCCACCUCAAUUAAUUUUAAGGGGUUUUUUUUUGGGGGGGGGAGUUAGGAGAGCGUCAUGCUCAGAGGAAAGCAUCAUCUCUUCCACCCGCUGCUCUGGUUUCCAUCAAGCCUCCACUGUCUCCUGGGCAUUUAUUGGAUACAUUUAUGUGUUUUUCUUUAAACACGCACACACAGAACAAGAAUGCAUUUUGCAUGUAUGCGUUAUACUUGACUUUCUUCUGUAAUGUUUUAUUCUGGGUUGUUUUAUUAGAUGCUUUAAUGUAGAUUGUAAAAUGCUUUGAUGCCGGGGUUUUGUUUUGUUUUUAGUUAGAAGUGGUAUAGACAUGAAAUUAAUAAUAAUUGUAAAGUAUUUCUAGGGUGGCUAACAACAAAGAUCAGUGUAAAGUGGUAAGUUUCAAAAAGGAAAGAACAAAGGGUUUUUGUUUUCUUGGCUGGCUUUUUUGUGGUGUAAUCUUAUUAAACUCCUCUGUUUUUCCCUCCCAAUGGAAUGAUUUAAGAUUUUUCAGCAAUCUCAAUCUCUCGGUCUCAGCAGCAAAUGUACUGAAAUAGCAUUUUAUUUAAAUUUAUUAUCUAUGCUGUUUUGUUUUGGUUGAAAAAUCUUAGCCCUCCCUUAAAAAAAACCAACAAUCAGCAAACCCCUUUCUUCCCUGAUAUAUGUUUCCAGGUGGCAUUUUAUUUUAUCUUCUUUUAUUUUGGUUAUUAUUUUUAAGCAGACCUAUCUUGCUUGCUGAAUAGCACUCCCAGUCCUUCAUGUUGCAAUCCUUCUUAUUCCUGGUGCUUUACAGAGCAGAGGCAAAAAGUGUGGGUCCCUGCCCUGAGGUGCUCAGUCUUGAAAAUUUAAUAUGUUGGGAGCUGGAGGUGGCAGAAGGCAUGUGUGUUCCAUUAACAUUUAAAACACAUCACUUUACCCCAAAAGAAUAUUGGGGAACUGUAGUUUCCCUCUCAGAGUUGCAAUUCCCAGCACCCUUAAAGUUCCCAGAGCUCAUGUGCUUUAAAUUUAUGCUGUGGAUCUGGCUUUAGGCUCUGUUUCAGUAGGGGAUGAGGCUUAAGCCAGAGGCUUAGAAAAUUAUUCAUACCAAAUCAACAGCGAGAUAAGUGUAAAGUGCAGAAAUGCUGUACAAGUGCAUGUACUUCUCUAGCCCUUAUUUUCCCUGCCCCAUGAUAGACCCUCCCAGACAGGUUAGCCUCUCUCUCCCUCUCCCGUACCUGUCACUGAAAGUCCUUCUGCCACUUUUGCAGGGCCGCAGUUCUUGUUCCCUAAUGGUGUCCCAUGAGGGACGCGGGUGGCGCUGUGGGUUAAACCACAGUACCUAGGACUUGCCGAUCAGAAGAUUGGCGGUUCGAAUCCCUGCAAUGGGGUGAGCUCCCAUUGCUCGGUCCCUGCUCCUGCCAACCUAGCAGUUCGAAAGCAUAUCAAAGUGCAAGUAGAUAAAUAGGUACCGCUCCGGCGGGAAGGUAAACGGCAUUUCCGUGCGCUGCUCUGGUUCGCCAGAAAGUGGCUUAGUCAUGCUGGCCACAUGACCUGGAAGCUGUACACCGGCUCCCUUGGCCAGUAAAGCGAGAUGAGCGCCGCAACCCCAGAGUCGGUCAUGACUGGACCUAAAGGUCAGGGGUCCCUGUACCUUUAAUGGUGUCCCAGAAGGGGAGACACCAAAUCGAUACAUUUGAGGUGACCACCACAGACACCAGUGCAUCACUGGUGUUUGCAGCAUGCUCAGUUUCUCUCUUCACAUCCUGAAACACACUCUUGGGCUGAGUAGAAUCUGUUUGCCUGCCUCUACACAGCAGCAGUUAAUGAGGACUGACCCAUGCACCAAAUUGCUGUUAAAUUAGUGCAAAAAGUUAAAAGGUCUCAGAGAGUAGCUUAAAGGGCAAAGGGUAACCUGUUUUAAGUUCACUUCCUUUUUCUCAAUAACCUGGCGGCCAAGAUGUUUUGUUAUCACCGCCUGCAUCAUGCCUGACUUUGUCUCUCCCCAUCCUGAGGUCCAGCUGGUCCACCUCUGCACACGUGUAGCUAAGUAGCACCAUCCCAUGUGGUCAAAUUGCUGGUAUGCUUGUACAGAGAAAAACUCUUACAUAUUGGCUGCAGAUGUGAAGGGCAGAAAGUAAGAUGUGUGAAGCUCAUCUCCCUUUGAAACCUUUGGCUAAUUUAUUUCCCUUGCUGCUGUGAGUCCUGCCUUCCUAGCUGGAUGCAUGGACUAUUCCUUGCUCACAUUCUCCUCCUCCUCCUCCUCCAUAGCAGCCAGCUCUUGAAAGAUGAGGCUGCAGGAAAUCUAGUGUUGUCUUUGCUGGGGAGGGAACUGGUCCAGGGAUGUGGGAGUACAUUUGAAGGCACGCUUACCCAAAAGCUUUUCUCACCUCCAAGAGCCUUUUAAGCUGGUGUGUGUGUGUGUGUGUGUGUGUGUGUGUGUAAGUGCCCAUGGGUCCCCUUGGAGCUUUAAGAAUUCAAUGGAGUCAGGGGCUUGGGCACAGGUCUCAUACAUUCCCCUCAGCUGGACUCUUUUUCUGUACUGCCCCAGGCUGAAGGCAGGCAAGCAGUAAAGGUAAAGGGACCCCUGACCAUUAGGUCCAGUCAUGACCGACUCUGGGGUUGUGGCGCUCAUCUCGCUUUAUUGGCCGAGGGAGCUGGCGUACAGCUUCCGAGUCAUGUGACCAGCAUGACUAAGCCGCUUCUGGCAAACCAGAGCAGCGCACGGAAACGUCGUUUACCUUCCCGCCAGAGCGGUACCUAUUUAUCUACUUGCACUUCUUUGACAUGCUUUCAAACUGCUAGGUUGGCAGAAGCAGGGACCGAGCAACGGGAGCUCACUCCGUCACAGGGAUUUGAACUGCUGACCUUCUGAUCGGCAAGUCCUAGGCUCUGUGGUUUAACCCACAGCGCCACCCGCGUCAACUUCUUUCCCUAUACAGUAGUCUAAACUUGAUCAAUAAGGGUUGCCUGCAUGGUGCUUUUUGGUGCUUUCCGCUGCUGAGGCAGCAUGAUCACAGGAGAGCAAUGUAUAUGUGUAGCCUGUAGUCUGUUUGGGCAUUUUGGGAAAGCUAUUGCUUUUUCUCUUCAUGUUUUUUUUUUAAGAAAGAGAGGAAACCACCUUUAUUUCUCCCUGGCCUAUUUGGGCACCCAGUGUAGAAAGAGGAUUAUUUCUAUAAUACUAUUCCGUUUACACAAUACCUUACAAUUUUCAUCUCGUGUCCUCAAGGUGAGGUGAGGCAAUGACUUAACAAGGCCACGAGGGUCACUCCUCAUGUUGGUGAAACUUUUGUUUUCAGAGGGAGUUGCAUAAUGCUAAUGCCAACUUUCCUCAUCUCCACCCCCCCCCCCCGCUGCAAACAUAUGCCUUAAGAAUCUAGGGCAAAUUGUAUCUUCCCAAUUAGAAUAUUUAGAGUGCAGGUGCAGAGGAGAGGGAGUUUUCUUCUUACAUUCCAGAGUUUGCCAUUAAAAUGUGCAAAAAAAUAAAAAUGUGUAUACUGUAGUUAAUUGUCUUGAAAUCCCACUUUAUCAAGUUGCUAAUUAAUAAUUUAAGUUACGCUCAUUUUAAUAGAAUGAGGGCACAACCACCUUUCUCUGGAUUGCAUUCAACGUGGCAUCCUGUUGUGCUGUAGGAGGCUGAUGCCUUUAAUGGAAAUGCGAGGCAGCAACUGUCUGUCCCAAGAGACAAUGGGAGAGUGCACCAAUGGGGAUGAAGUCAAACUGUUGGAAGGGAGGGACAUGUUUUGUUGCAGCUGGGGCAGAUCAAGGUGUCCAGUUGUCCUGCUGCAGAUGCACCAUGGCGUUUCUUCUCUCUGCAGUCAUCCCUGCGAUCACUUCUCCUGGUCCCUGCCGUGGAUACACAACCUGACUGUCUGUCUCCAGGCACUGCAAUUGUCUGCAAGGGAUUCCCACACGGCAGGGUUUAUGCUGCCAGUCUUCAUGUCAUGUUUGCUUACAUCUUUGUAACACAGUUGGUCUGCCAACAGGCCUACUCCCUGAAGCCAGCUCCCUGCAGAGCAUGUCCUUGGGGAUCCUGCCACCUUCCGUUCUGUGUACACGACUAAGCCAGUGAAGACUUGUUGAGAUAGAAGUGCGAAUGUUCUGGGAAUGUGGGCUUAAAAAGAGAAAACAAACUAUGCUUGAUUUUGCACUUUGCAAAAGUUCUGCAAAGUUCAGGUAUCAAAUUGCGUAGAAAUUAAUGGCAAAGGUGCUGCCUGCCGCCUUCCAGAAAUAAAACGCAUCACGGUCUGCAUUUCAUUUCAGUGCCACUUAAUGUUGAAUUCCAACGUUUGUCUUUCACUUUCCUCUGAACUUCUAUUUCGUCAGCAUUUUUCAAAAAAAGUCCUUGCACGUGUUGCUGCAGCAGCACUCCAUUCCUGCAGUAGCUGAAGAGGCAAUGGGAGACCCAUAAAUCGUCCACUAACUGGGCUGCAGGCAGUGCGUAGUAACUGCUGCACAAGCUAUAUUGCUCAAUGCAGUGUGUGAGCCAGAGGUUAACCAAGCACUUGGCUGUCAUGAGCUAAGAGUUAUGGGUUGUAAUUUAAGAGCGCCUUGAAAUCAAAAUGGGCAUUGCAGUGUUAAAAGCAAUUCCAGGAAAGGAACUUGCUGUAAUAGACCUAGAGACAUAAAAGUGAGAAUCUGCGUAAACAUGGGAGUGACGUUGCACACUGUUCAGUGCUGCCAAGAAGUUAAAAAUGAAAUCCUCUUAUUAAAUGGAUAUGUCUAGUCUAAAAUUGCCUUGCAACAAUAAUGACGGGUAAAAAGUAUAGGACCACUGGACGGUUAAGUCUAGUCAAAGGUGACUAUGGGGUGCGGCACGCAUCUCAAUUCAGAUCGAGAAAGCCGGUGUUUGUCCACAGCUUUCCAGGUCAUGUGGCCAGCAUGACUAAACCGCUUCUGGCGCAACAGGACAUGAUGACGAAUGCCAGAGAGCAUGGAAACGCCGUUUACCUUCCCACCACAGCAGUACCUAUAUAUCUAUUUGCACUGGUAUGCUUUUGAACUGCUACAUUGGCAGGAGCUGGGAAAGAUCAAUGGGAGCUCACCCCGUUGUGCAGAUUUGAACCCACCAACCAGCAAACCCACGAAUCAGCAAACCCAAGAGGCUCAGUGGUUUAGACCACAGCGCCACCCACUCCCCCGAAUAAUGUAGGGUACAAUUCAGCCCAAGUAAAUACUUUUGAAUCUCAUUGAUUGCAGUUGGGAAGAGUUAAUUUGUAGAUUUUUUGAUAAAGAGAUCCCCACACAGUCCCAUGCAGGCUUUGUUUGUUUACAAAAAGGGCGGUGCACAAAAUAUUUUAUUUUGCUUGAGGAAAAAGCCAUUGAACAACGUUCUUGCAUUCUCUGAUCAUUUACAGCAUGUUGGGUGGGGUGGGUUUUGCAACACUUCUCCAUCAGUUAAGGAGAAAAGAAAUUGCAUUUGGAAAUUAUAUUUCCCUUGUAAAAGAACAUAGAAGAGAAGGUUGGCUACUGUCUACUGUCAUCCCUACAUCUCUGCAAGUGGAAUGAAAUGCAUCCUGUCAGUUCCUCUCCACUCCUCCUCCUAAAUUUUUUGAUCCCCAGGAAGUGCAAAAUAUGGAGAUUCCAAGGACUACUAGAAAAUGGAAAAGGGCAGUAAAGCAGAGGGGGAAGCAGCUCUUUAAAGUCCCAGGGAUUCCUGUUGCCUGGUAUGAGUACAGUUCAUCAAUCACUGCAUUGGCUUCACUCAUUGGCUAAAAACAUGGAUAGGUGGGAGCAGCCAGGCUGGGUCGUUUCACCAAUUUUUUAAUUUUUAAAUUAGAUGAGUGCUUGCACAAUUUGCUUAAUUUUCUUUUUAGGAGGGCUAUGAUUUUUUUUAAUGAUAGCUCAGAGUUUGGAUUUUUUGUCGACACUGGCACCUGCAGGUGCAGUGCUGAUGACCUCUGCACAGUACAGUGGUACCUCGGGUUAAGUACUUAAUUCGUUCCGGAGGUCCGUACUUAACUUGAAACUGUUCUUAGCUAAUGGGGCCUCCUGCUGCUGCCGCGCUGCCGGAGCCCGAUUUCUGUUCUUAUCCUGAAGCAAAGUUCUUAACCUGAAGCACUAUUUCUAGGUUAGCGGAGUGUGUAAGCUGAAGCAUAUGUAACCCGAGGUACCACUGUAGUAGAGUCUGCACCAAUUGCGAACUUCUUCCUGACUGCCAAUCCAUUCUUAGCAGAAACGGCACCGUCCAGGCACAAGAGGGAGGUAUUGGCAUGUUCAGGGGAGCCCUGAUGCUUGCAGAAAUAGCAAGCGGAAUGGAAAAAAGUGGAAACCCCUAACAGGAGAGACCUCCUAAAAAAACUCAGUGAGCACUGAACAUACUGUGUGUAAGAGGAGGUGUUUGUUUUUUUCAGGGGGGGGGAUGCCAGGUGGGGAGUUGGAUAUAUGGAACCCUGAAAAGGAGUUCUUCACACUGCAACAUUUUGUUGCAAGACUAACUCGCAGUUUUCUAGUGCUGAAAACUUUGGGUGUGAAUCUUGUCCCUUUGGAUGGCUUCUCCAAAUAGCAGUGUGUUUAACUUUAAUUGGACAGCUAUUAAGUACAUCAGUGAAAGAAUUACGGUAGUUUGAUAUAGCAUAAUCUCUAGUUUUCCCAUUUUGUUCACUGGAAUCUACAGCUCUUAAAAGCUUCAAUUCAGCUUACCUAAGGACCAAACUAUGCGGUACAUUAACUUACUCUUCAUAAAAGCAUGCUUAUUGCUACCAGUUUUCUUCUGUAGAAAACCAGCUGGUGGGUCAUAGUCCAGUUCCUCAGUUUUCUUUAGAGGCCUUCUAUUGAUUUCAUGCUUCAAGUUGCUACCCUCUUCCCUAAAUUUGUUAAUUACAGCAAAAUAAGACCUCCAGGGUUCCUAACUCUCUCUGAAUAGCCUUAUUGUUGCUGAAUGAACCUGAGGGCUGCAACAUUUUAUGCAAAAUGUUCUUGAUUUCUGUGUGCGUAGCAGGUGCCUAGGUUACAUUAUCACUCUGGAGAUCUGUCACGCUGCAGCCAGAGGGUAUUACUUCUAUUACCAAUCUGCCAGCAGUAAGGCUUACAUAACUUUGUUUUUAGAACAUAGGAAACUGCCUGGUACUGAUGAAUCACACCAUUGGUCCAUCAAGUUUGUGUUAAUAAAUUUAAGUAUUAAGUGUAAAAAAAAAAAUGCCCCACCAUUCAUACUUUGUGAUCCAUCUUAUAUUCUUAUAUCUACAGUGUGUAUGUGUAUAUAUAUAUAUGUGUGUGUGUGUGUGUGUGCGCGCGCGCGUGUGUGCGUGUAUAUGUUUAGGGACGCUUUUAAUACUGGAUGAAUCAUUGUAUUUUAAUAUUCUGCUGGAAGCCACCCAGAGUGGCUGGGGAAAGCCAGCCAGAUGGGUGGGGUAUAAAUAAUAAAUUAUUAUUAUUAAAUAAUAAAUUAUUAUCACCAUCAUCAUCAUCAUCGUUUCAGACUCAACCUUAGAGGCUUUUUAGUUUACCAGUUGUGUAAAUUGAAGUACUAUUGGAGAGUUUUAAAUCUUUCUUUUUAAGCCAAACAAAUCCAGUUUAUAGUACCAUUACUUCAGUUUCCAUUAAAACAAUAGUUGGCAGGUGUUAAUUUAGGAUAAAGUAUUAAUCCAGUGAACCAGGCAAGCAGGCCCUGUAUUAUUAGAAAAGCAGCGUUGCUGUUGCUUCUUGUCUUCAAAGUUCUGUACCCAUUGUGUGGUGACACUAUUUUUAAAUCAAACAACCUGGAUUAUGAUGUGUGUUUUGUGCUGAUAUCAUGUGUUCUCUCGCACACCCUUUUUCUGUGUAAUGGACAACUCCCACUCUUUCAAGAACUCCAAUUGGCUUGACGGAGAGAGGCUGUGCCCUAUAAAUGUCUCUCCCCUCUUCUUUUCCUUCUUGCUUUGCAAAGCCACUGGCAAAAAAGGGGAAGGUAAGAUGAGAAAAAAAGUCUUAUUGUAUUGGGAAGAAGGAAGACACUGUUUAAAGAUUUGCUUUUUAGAAUUUUUUUUCCAGUUGCAUUUAGAAUAAAUGAAUUAUCUCUAGUUUGAUGGCUUCUCUUAGACGCUAAAUGGGACCCAGUCAGUAUAAUUAUAAUAACCAGACACAGGUAUUAUUUUUCCUUCCAGUGCUAAGGCUUAGCACUAUUACUGAUCUACAUGAAAAGUAGUAGUUUCCGUCAGUUGGUGAUGUGAGGAUUUAUGUAAGUUCUGAGAGUAUAAUGUGUGUUCUUAUAUUCAUGUAUAUCAACUUUAGAAGGUGUGUAGCUUUUAAUCUUAAUGAAACACUGGAAUGCCCUUUUCUAUUAUUCUAAUCUUUUAAUACCCCAAUAUAAUGUAAUCAAUUAUGAACUGUGUGAGUGUGAAGAAUGGAUUUCUGACUGGAUGCUGAGAGAGUGAAAUAGCCGUCAUUAGCUCUCGUCCUCUCCAAGGUCCCAGGGCAGGUUACAACAAUUAAAAUAGGAUGUUUAAAACACUUUAAACAACACAGAAACAAAGCAAGUCCUAAAAAUAUGAAGCUCAGGUAUCAAAAGCUAGAGUAAAGAGAUGUGUAGGAUCUUAGGUCAGUAGGGCAUUAGAACUCUGCUUUUUACAACAAAGGAAAACAUGGGAUAAGAGCAACCUUUCUUGAAAGUCACAUUCAGAGGCAUAAUGGAUGGAAAUUAGACUUCCAGGACACCCGGUGCACAAAAAGACGAGCAACAUUCUGAUAAGGCUGGAAAACCUGGAGUCGUUGUGCAAGUGCUUUGCCUAUACAGAAAAAGAAACCAGUAUGCAUUUGCAAACAGAUGAAGGAGGUCAAAUGAUCAAUUUCUUUUAACAGCUGAGGGUACUAAGGUAUUAAGAACUCCAGACUGACAGCCAUCAUGGGGAAGAACUUGGCACCCCAAGAUGACUGUGAAGCUUUCGCCCUAGCCUGACUUCAGCUGUCAAUUACCCUUUACUUCUAGACUGGCCAUCUAGCUAGAUGGAACACUUGUUGACUAGGUAAAGGUAAAAAGGUAAAGGUUAUUUUUUAAAUGUGUCAAUAAGUGUGUUGUCUGGCCUUCUACCUCCCCACCCCCACAAUGUAUGUGUCUCACUAAUUUAUUUCUGGCUGAGCUUUAUCAACUGUAAGUUUUGAGCAGUUAUUAAAGUGAAGUUAGGCUGAGCAAGAUUCUACUUUGUGGUUGGGGGGCGUGUACAGGAAAAUGGUAUAUAUUUUGUAAUAGGUGUGUUCUCUCUAAUCGAAUCCCUAUUUCUUUGCACGGUUGUGAGGGAAGGUACUGCAAAUUUAAUGAAUUGCAUGACCCUGCAGUCAGACGACUUAACCCCUCUGCACUAGAUUUAUAGACAACAGGUGUAGCUAGGACCUUGCUGAUUCUGGCUGCCUUCAAGAAGCUGUAACAUUAGGUAGCAAGCCAGCAGGAAUGGUACUUAAUACUGUGUUGUGCGUGCGUUUGUUACUUGGAAGUUUCAAAAGUAUGCCUCAUGCUGAACAGGAAUUUAUGAUAGAAAUAUGAUUAGUAUGCAAUAUGAUUUCUAUUUUUACUGCAGUGAUGUAUUAUGAUUUUUUUAAAAAAGUGUCUAUGCUAUUAUAUUACAUCAGUGAAGAUUUAUUAUUGGUCUUCAUUCUGGUCUUGACAUUAUACAGUGUUCUCUUACAAUCAAAGCUAAUCUUAGCUGAUUCAUAAAAUCAUAGAGUUGUAGAGUUGGAAGGGACCACAAGGGUCAUCUAGUCUAACCCCUGCAAUGCAGGAAUCUUUUGCCCAAUAUGGAGCUCAAACCCACAACCCUGAGAUUAAGAGUCUCAUGCUCUACUGAGUUAAGCAGGGUGUGCAGAACUUGAUGGUUGCGGAAAAGCAUGGUACAAAUUUAAUGUAGUCCCUGAAAUACGUUCUUCUGUAGCAUCUGUUCAUUUCAAUGGGUCUUGUGCAAGAGAAGGUCAUUGCAUGCCGUGUUGUUAAUAUAGUGUAGACCAGAGCUUUCCAAACUGUGUGUCGCGACACAUUAAUGUGCUGGCUGCAGUGUGUAGGUGUGUUGCACAAAUGCUCCCCGUGCUCUUCCCAGGGCUGGAAAGAGGUUAGCUUAACCUGUGGUUUGCUAGUAAAACUGAAUUACUGUGUGGCGAAAUGAUGCAUGUGUAAAAAGUGCGUCACCAACAUGAAAAAAUUUGGAAAGCCCUCGUGUCGACUUUGACCGUGUAGACCAGCAGACAUGACAAUUUAGCUGUCAGAAUUGACAAUUUGUUUUAUAAUGAACAGUUAUAACAAGGGAGUCCCCUCAAGCAAAUUGCCAUAUUGGGAUAGCAAAUUUUUGCUGGCCCUGUGUUGAUUCAGGCACUUCCCUUUCUGACAGUGGCAUGCCAGUGUUCUGAGCGCAUAGUAAACUGUGUUGCGGAGUUGAACUGUUCCAGCUACAAGAGUAUUGUCUGUGACUGGCAGCAUUUUCCUAUGGUUUCCUGGAAAGACUCUUAUGUGAAGAUGCAAAGCACAUGCUAAGAACAUAAGAGCUGCCAUCUUGGAUCAGAACCAAAAGCCCAUCUAGUUCUGCAGUCUGUUCCUGUGGGAAGUCAACAAGCAGGACCUGAAUGCAGUAACUCUCCCUAACAACUGUUAUUCUGAGACAUGCUGCCUUCAAUACAGGACAUAGAUCAGGCAUCCCCAACCUGCGGCCCUCCAGAUGUUUUGGCCUACAACUCCCAUGAUCCCUAGCUAGCAGGGCCAGUGGUCAGGGAUGUUGGGAAUUGUAGUCCAAAACAUCUGGAGGGCCGAAGGUUGGGGAUGUCUGACAUAGAUACUAGCCAUGACUGCUGUGUACUAUUGACCCUCAGCUCUACCACUGAGCGUACAGUGGUACCUUGGGUUACAUACGCUUCAGGUUACAUACACUUCAGGUUACAGACUCCGCUAACCCAGAAAUAGUACCUCGGGUUAAGAACAGAAAUCGUGCUCUGGUGGCGCAGCGGCAGCAGGAGGUCCCAUUGGCUAAAGUGGUGCUUCAGGUUAAGAACAGUUUCAGGUUAAGAACGGACCUCCAGAACAAAUUAAGUACUUAACCUGAGGUACCACUGUAUAUGAGUACUCCCAUUGUAGCUAAUGAAUUGUUGGGUAAUUCAGGCAGAGCUGGUUUUUCUGAAGCGCUUAUAAAAAAUGACUGCUGGUGGAACCUCUUAUUAGUGACCGUGAAAUUUCCUUUUCUUCCAACAGCCUUGAAAAAUGCCAGCCAUGAGGAGCUUGAGCCGAGCUGUCAAGCAGGUGCUGCAGAAACCUGGCUGUGGCUGUCAAGUUGCUGUUGUGCCGGUUAGGUGUCUUGGUUUCUCACCACGGCAGGUAGCCUCAGACGCCAGCUUUCACUCGGUGUCGUUCUCAGAAUCGGACCAUCCACGGGUGUUAAUUACAGGUCAGUCUGCUGUUAAGCAGUACUUUGCAGCUGAUUUCCUCUGUUCUGUUUGUAUUUCUUUGUAUCAGGCCACAUGUAUUGAUAUUCAUCUGAUUAUAUGUAAAUACUGGUUUAGAGAAACACUGUGAACCCUCUUGGAGCCCUUAUCCCCUUGUACACGUAGGCCUGUCCAUUCUACCUCACUCCAGACCACUGAGAACAGGAGCAUUGCUCCAAAUGUAGCCCUGGAAAAAGAGGGUUCAGCUUCCAUCUGAUUAUUGUAGAUGAUGGAUCAUCUGCCACUUCUUUCUUGAACCAAAGCCCUCUUGAGAUGCCAACGUUUCGUGAGGUAGUAAUUUUGAGGUUUGAGGAUUAGUACACCACAGAUCAUUCUUGUGCAAGUCAAAGUCACUAAAGUAAAUAACCCAUCUGUAGCUUCCUUUGAUGGCUUCUAUUAAUUGAGUUUAUGCCCAGUCUCUGCAGAGUUCUUAGUCUCUUCAGGACAUAAAAUAUUUUUAUUUGUGUUGUUAUAAGGCAUAACAUUUCAGGUGUUGCAAACAUUUAAUCUUGUUUUGUAGGGGGACUUGGCCAACUUGGAGUAGGACUUGCUAAGCUCUUGAGGUAAGCUGUAAUUUCUAUUUACAACUAGAAGUUCCGGUGCCCUUUUUGAAGAUAUAGGUUAAGAUUUCCCAUGAAUGAUCACAUUUACUUGCAGUUAGAAGGUGAAAAUCAGGCACAUACAUCUCAUUCAUAAUCCUAAAGUUGUGCCAGGGGAAGAAAAGCAGGGAGGCAAUGGAGAUUGCAUUGUACACUGAUCUGGGUUGAUCACAAAACUGAAUCCAUAUGUUGUCGGCUGAUGUUUUCUGAUGCAGGAGGGUUGUCGAUGCUGCUAUUUCAAAGUGCAGGAACUUUGGGCUAGAAGGCACAGCACCUAGCAAAACUAGUUCUGUUCAAAGAGUCUUGUCCAGAACCUAUCUUGCUAAUUAAAAUGAAUUCAGAAGAGCUGUUCUGAGUCUAAUCUUUCUGUUUUCUCUAGAAAGCGCUUUGGAAAGAACAAUGUAAUCCUAUCAGAUAUUAGGAAGCCCCCUGAUAAUGUCUUUCAUAGCGGUAAGUGACCAGAUUAUGAUGAGAGGGCAACACUGAUCCACACUAUGAUUACAUUCCAGCAGCAGUGAUCCUCUUUGGCAAAGGAUCUUGAAAACUUAAUUUUCACCUUUCUGUUUCUUCCAGUUCACCUGAAUUUGCUGACCUAAACGUCAGUGUUAAUAAAAAAAAGGCAUUUGGCAUAUUAAAAUAAUGGUAUAUGUAUUUUGAGAGAAUCUUUGCCCAACCGUUUUCGUAUUUUCCAUAAAACAAAGCCAACAUGUAUGCAGUAUAGCUAGAAAGGGUUUGUGUUGAUGCCAGUGCAACAGCAAUUGAAUUGACUCGCUUAUUUCUUUGUGAACAUAAACGGUAAACAAACCAAAGGACACCUGUACAUUAAAUGUCUGCCAUAUCUAAUCAUGCUGAACAGGCAACAGUGUGAUGUUCUGCUUUGAAGAGAGUCAACAGAGUUGAAAAGUGGAAUGAAGAGACAUCCUAAUUUGUGGUAUACUCACUCAUUCCACUGCUGCCUUUGGUUCACAGGGUAUUGCAGUACUUCAAAACCUUGUAAAUCCUGUUUGACAGUAGCCAAUGGCAGGAAAAAUAAAUGAGUGUGUAUUCCAGUGGAAAACAAUGUUUUUAUCACCCUUUUACCUUUCUUAAAAGCUAUUGUCUGGUUCCAGCUUAGGGCAUAUUGUUAACCUUUAUCAUAGUGACCCCAGGCAUGUAAGAAAAUCCCGUGUGGUAUUCCAUGCAUGCAGCUCUAUAUUUUAACCAACUCUUCAGUGGUUAUACAAGCAGUAUACAAGGCCAGCUUAGUGCUAGCUAUAGAUCCCUUGCAUGCUUAUCACAGCACACAAAAAGUGAAGUAACCAGCUUAACCAGGCUUCUAGUUUUGUAAAUGGUGUGGUGGGAAACUUUUUCCUCCUAUGCCUGAUACAUUUUUCUCUAAAUCUUGCCAUGCAGUUUGCCUUGUCAGCGGUAUUUUCCUGGUACAGAAGGAAACUGAUCAAAGCAAACAGAUCCUCCAAAUGGACGCUCAAACAAAGCAAAAUGCUUUCAUCAAAUGAGAUCUGGCUCUGUGAACAGUGCAUAGCUUUUCAAGAGCUGGAGAUGCUGUAGUUAAGUUGUCCUUAGCUUUGUUGCGCAUGCACUCAUCUUUUUUUAUAUCUCUGGCGAAAUCUGUUUUGCAGCUCUUGUGGUGUUUCAAACAGCGCCUUGGUCAACUGAAACGAGUGUCAAAUUUGGCCUAGCUGCUUUGCAAUAGAUGUAUGUAUGUUUGGGGGUGACUGCCAUGGACACGUGCUGAUUAAUGUGCACAACUGAUGGUGCACAACACCAUGGUCAAAACAUUUUUGCACCUUUUAGUAAUGGAUCGUUCUGUAUGUACAUGAAAGGAUGCACACACUUGUGUAUGAAGUUCGUUACGCAUGCAGUGUUCCGCAAAGAACAUGAGAAUUCCUUGAGAUUCUGUUUUCCAUCAACAAGCUUUUGUCCAAAAGGCAGGUGACCCUCUCCAAUUUCUAGGUUCUUACGCUGCCUCUUACCUUCAUGCUUUCACCUUCCUCCUCCUCUUAGGUCCUUUCAUCUACUCUGACAUUUUGGACUACAAGAACCUCCGUGAGAUAGUGGUGAACAACCGGAUUACGUGGCUGUUUCAUUACAGCGCUUUGCUCAGCGCAGUUGGAGAAGCCAAUGUCCCUUUGGCAAGAUCUGUGAAUAUCACUGGUAGAUGUCAGCUUGCUUCAUAUUGUUUGUUUAGCUGUUCCUGCCUCCCUCUGGGAGUGUUAACGCUUGGUUUCAAGCCUGAUAACUCUGUUUGCUGUUCCCAGGAUUGCACAACAUUCUUGAUAUUGCUGCUGAGCACAGCUUGAGACUUUUUGUCCCCAGCACAAUUGGAGCGUUUGGACCCACGUCCCCUAGGAACCCAACUCCCGAUCUCUGCAUCCAGAGGCCAAGGACAAUCUACGGUGUAUCCAAAGUUCAUGCUGAGCUCAUGGGAGAAGUAAGAGUUGCCCUUUCCUUAUGCAGAUGCCUCCAGCCCCUUUCAAUAUGUGGUGGUGGUUCCCCUUUCAUGAGCAUUUGUCUGUGGUGUUGUGGAUGGACAGCGAAUGCUGCUAAAAGCGCAGAAAGUGCUUCUUGUUGUUUAGUCGUUUAGUCGUGUCCGACUCUUCGUGACCCCAUGGACCAGAGCACGCCAGGCACUCCUGUCUUCCACUGCCUCCCACAGUUUGGUCAAACUCAUCCUGGUAGCUUCGAGAACACUGUCCAACCAUCUCGUCCUCUGUCGUCCCCUUCUCCUUGUGCCCUCAAUCUUUCCCAACAUCAGGGUCUUUUCCAGGGAGUCUUCUCUUCUCAUGAGGUGGCCAAAGUAUUGGAGCCUCAGCUUCAGGAUCUGUCCUUCCAGUGAGCACUCAGGGCUGAUUAAGCAGAAAGUGCUUAAAGUUGCUUAAAUGAAUUUCUUGUACUUUGUUCCUAAGUUACUUGUACCAAUGGCAUCUUAACCCAAGAGAAUUCAUCAAAUGCCAGUACAGUCGUACCUUGGAUCUCAAAUGCCCUGGCUCCCGAACAAAUCGGCUCCCGAAUGAUUGAAACCUGGAAGUGAGUGUUCCGGUUUUCGGAAGCUGUACCUACUCCGCGGUUUCCGAUUUGCUGCAGGAACUUCCUGCAGCCAAUCGGAAGUCGCGCUUUGGUUUCCAAAUGUUUUGGAAGUCGAACAGACUUCCGGAACGGAUUCCAUUCGACUUCCAAGGUACGACUGUAUGAAAAGGUGACAUGCACUGUGGAACAUUCCCUCUCUCCUCCCACUCCAUGAAAUCUGGACUGACACUCUUAACUUUUCAGGCCUUUUUCCAUUUUAAGAGAGAGAAUGUAAACAACAAACUCCUGUAUUACCAAUGACGCUAGCUAUGUUUAUGAAGGUACAUGAGGCCACCACCUUGCUGAAGUUAAGCAGGUCUGGCUCUGGUUGGUUUGUGGAUGGACUGCCUGCCCGAGAACCGCAUGUACAUGCAAGUCCCGCUUUCUGGACACAAUGCGUUCCCAGGAAAUGGUUCGCUAGGCAAGUGUUUGCAUAGCAAGCUGACGAUUUCCAGUAUUUCCUAUGGGAACAUUUCUAAUCCGUGAUUUGUCCAGUCUCCCUCCCCGCUCCCUCCAUGGUUUCUUCCUGAAAUGGCUGCAGCCAAACAGCAAAGAAAACUGAUUUGUCCAGUCUCCCUGCAUGGUUGUUUCCCUCCCAUAUGGCUGCCACAAUUUAGCAUAACAUAAACAAGUAAGAAAGUGAGAAAACUCCAUCUGCUCUGAUAACUGAAUCUGUGGUGUGCAUAGCGAGGUUUAGGUGCCAGUUCUUCACGUUGGAUAAUUGCUUUUUCACAUCGUGAGCAUUCGGAAAGUGGGACCUGCAUGUACGCUGCUUUGGGUUCCUUGAUGGAGGAAAGGCAGGGAUAUAAAUUUAAUUAAUUAAACAAAAAUAGUUGAUAGGUUGUGAAAUGCUUUCAUCAGCCACAACUAAUCUCUCAGUUUUGAAGGUGCCACAAGACUUUGUUGCAGCAAACGUCCCUUGUUUUGCUCCUAAAAUCAGUCUGUUUCCCUAAUUUCCUCUAUAAACAUUUUAAGAAGCCACUAACACCAGGUAGCUAGAGUUGCUACUGUAGAAGAAUUAGUAGCUAAUUGUAUCUUUUCUUUCCUUGUUCAGUAUUACCAUUACAGGUAUGGACUAGACUUCCGGUGCCUAAGAUACCCUGGUAUUAUCUCAGCUGAUUCCAAGCCCGGUGGGGGAACAACUGGUAAGUUAGCCUAUAAAAUACAAUAGUGAUACUAAGAGGGAGGGGGAAAUGGGGCUCUUGCCUUAGAUCAUGGCAGAACAUUUCAUGUGCCAUAGGAGAAGGGAACGAUGGAGGGAAUUGGUAUCUCUCACACAUAAACACUCCAGCCGUUGUUUAUCAUCCUUUAUUUCUUUCUCUAGUGCAGGAGUAGCCAGUGUGAUACCUUCUGUGGAUUCCAACUCCCAUUGGCCCCAGCCAGCAUGGUCAGUGGCCAGAGUUAAUGGGAAGUGUAGUCCACAAUAUCUGGAGGUCCUCAUGUUAAUAAUAAUAAUAAUUAAUAAUAAUGUAUUCCCCCAUCCAUCUGGCCAGACCUCCUCAGCCACUCUGGGCAGCUCCCAACAGAAUAUUAAAAACACAAUAAAAGAUCAAACAUUUAAAAUGUCCCUAAACAGGGCUGCCUUCAGAUGUCUUCUAAAAGUCAGAUAGUUUAUUUCCUUGAUGCUUGACAUCUGGUGGGAGAGCGUUCCACAGGGCGCGGGUGCCAUUGCCGAGAAGGCCCUCUGCCUGGUUAUCCUUGCCCUAGUCAGUAACUUUACUUGUUCUUCUCAACUGUUAGGGGAAACUGGUAUGUAAGGGAAGAUGAACAUCAAGGAGAGAGAGGCAUUCAGCAGCUCCUUCACUGUGUGUGACAGAGAUGGCCGUCUACUUGGAUGGCUUUACAGUAGACAAAUUCAUGCAGGUGACUGCUGCCAGUGGCUACUAGCCACGAUGGCUAUGCUUUGCUUCUACAGAUGGAGGCAGAAUGCAUCCGAAUACCAGUUAUUGGAAACAGCAGGAAGAAAGAGUGCUCUUAUUGCUUGGGUCCUGCUUGCCAGCUUCCUGUAGGUAUCUGGCCAGCUACUGUUGUUGUUUAGUCAUUUAAUCAUGUCCAACUCUUCGUGACCCCAUGGACCAGAGCGCGUCAGGCACUCCUGUCUUCCACAGCCCCCCACAGUUGGGUCAAACUCAUGCUGGUAGCUUCGAGAACACUAUCCCACCAUCUCGUCCUCUGUCGUCCCCUUCUCCUUGUGCCCUCCAUCUUUCCCAGCAUCAGGGUCUUUUCCAGGGAGUCUUCUCUUCUCAUGAGGUGGCCAAAGUACUUGGAGCCUCAGCUUCAGGAUCUGUCCUUCCAGUGAGCACUCAGGGCUGAUUUCCUUCAGAAUGGAGUGGUUUGAUCUUCUUGCAGUCCAUGGGACUCUCAAGAGUCUCCUCCAGCACCAUAAUUCAAAAGCAUCAAUUCUUCGGCGAUCAGCCUUCUUGAUGGUCCAGCUCUCACUUCCAUAUAUCACUACUGGGAAAACCAUAGCUUUAACUAGAUGGACCUUUGUUGGCAAGCUGAUGUCUCUGCUUUUUAAGAUGCUGUCUAGGUUUGCCAGCUACUGUAAGAUGGGCUAGUGGCCUCAUCCGAAAGGCUCUUUUUAUAUUCUUACAGCUGCAUUACCAGUUAGCAUUGUUUAACUUUCCUCGUCUCCAGAUUAUGCCGUCCAAAUCUUCCACGAUGCGAUGAAGACGGGCAAGUUCCAGUGCAACCUCAAACCAGACACCCGCCUCCCAAUGAUGUACAUUGAUGACUGCCUGAGAGCUACCUUGGAGAUCAUGGAAGCCCCUGCUGAAGGGCUGAGCAUGAGGACAUACAACAUCAGCGCUUUGAGUUUUACACCCGAGGAGCUGGUUCAAGAGGUCCAGAAGCAUAUUCCAGAACUUGAAGUUUCCUACAAAGUAGAUGCUGUCAGACAAGCCAUAGGUCAGUACUGGGCUCUGAUCUUUCACUGCAAUGUGUGUUCAUCUUGUUGCUGGGUCUUAAAAUAGGCUAGAUGUAGUUGGGUCUGGGUGUUCCUCUUGGCUCUAUCCUAUUGUUCCUUUUCAUCAUCAUCAUCAUCAUCAUCAUCAUAAUUUAUUAUUUAUACCCCGCCCAUCUGGCUGUCUUCCCCAGCCACUCUGGGCGGCUUCCAACAAAGUACUAAAAUACAGUAGUCUGUUAAACAUUAAAAGCUUCCCUAAACAGGGCUGCCUUCAGAUGUCUUCUAAAAGUCUGGUAGUUGUUCUUCUCUUUGACAUCUGGUGGGAGGGCAUUCCACAGGACGGGUGCCACUACCGAGAAGGCCCUCUGCCUGGUUCCCUGUAACUUGGCUUCUUGCAGUGAGGGAACCACCAGAAGACCCUUGGCGCUGGACCUCAGUGUCUGGGCUGAAGGAUGGGGGUGGAGAUUCUCCUUCAUAUGAAUGGCACCAGGCUUUGGGCCAAGGCAUGAUAGAUGUAACUAGCCUUCCCUAACCUGGUGCCUUCCAGAACUUUUGGACUAUAGCUUCCAUUGGCCCCAGACAAGUAACCCACAACUUCUGAAGGCCAUCAGGUUGGUUAAGGCUGAUCUAAGUAGUACUUAAAAGUUGCUAUGUGAAGGUGAGGACUUGGAUAGCAAGGCUGCACCUGGAAAAACACUUUUCAGCUGGUAGACUCCUGUCAACUGGCAUACAAUGGGCUCACCAGAUCCAAAGGUCUGACUCUGUAAGGCAUCUUGAUAACAAGAGAGGAGUCUUACAGGUGGAGUAUGUCGGAUUUUAUCUGUAGUGAGCAAUGGAGGAGUCAGAUCAAUCAGAGGAGCAUUCGUUCCCCUGCUAAGAAGAAUUGGUGGGUGGUGUUCUACAGAGGUCGGGUGCUAUAUAGGCAAUGGGGAUGCUCAAAUUUGCUCUUGGGAGACAGGAAAGCGUUAAAAGAUGUACUGGGGUGUGUGGUAAGGAGAGCCUCAAAAUGGUACGGUAAAAGUGACUUGGUUUUAUAAAAUAGUAAAAUGUCAUCGUAAAAUGUGCAACACAUAACAGUGAAAACCUUCAGGGCCACAAGAAUCUUGUCUUCCUCCCCGCACCCCAAAGGCAACAUCUCUCAGUUAAUGCCGGGUGAAAAUUGCUUUACUUUGGGCCAAGUGGGGAAAUGUGUGCAUUGAAACCUAGGCAGAAGCUUUUCCUACUUCAUGAAGGAGGUGACAUUCAAAUGAAGGAGGGGAGGCUGUGUUCCAUAGACAUUUACCAUCACAAAUAGACCUACAAAUACCUUGUAUAUAAUAUAUAGAUCCCAGUGAAAGAAGCAAACUCCUCCCUUUGGAACAUCGUUUUCUGGUAAAGAGAUGAGAGAAGAUUUGUGCCCUCUCCCCUCCCUGAUGCUUUCCAGUUUCAAAACUUCUCCCUCCUGAAGCUGCUGUUCAUUUCUUUUUUCUUUUAAAAGUAGAAAAGCAAACCUGGGGUUUUUUUGGGGGGGUGGGGAGAGCCACUGAAGUUAUUGAAUUAAGCAUAAAGCGAGGAGGAAUUUGCUUAUCACACAAUCUGUUUUGUCUUUUCCCCCUGUGCUACAGCUGACAGUUGGCCGAUGAUUUUUGACGACAGCAAUGCUCGCCAAGAUUGGGGAUGGAAACACGAUUAUGAUCUACCAGACCUGGUGAACACCAUGUUCACCUUCCUCGACUCGGCCCGCUCCAUUUCCAGGGUUGCCCAGGUCAACUGACUCUCCAGGUGUGAGGCAGCCUCAAGUGAUCAGCUGGCAAGACCUGGGCGGCGCCAUCCUGAGUGUUCAUCUGUUUUGAAGUCUUGAAGCAGCACAGCACCAGAAUACCAUCUUCUAGGAAGGCUUGGUCAUAUCUCCGUUCAUCUUUCUUCCUGUUUGUCCCCCAUCUCCUGUGCACUCGCACCAUAUACAUAGAUAAUUUCAAAAGCACUUCUGGAUGCUGUGUAGCUCCUGGGUUUCACAGGAAAACAUCAUUCCUGUCUCCUAAUGUGCAACUUGAUUGCCACAGGCUCCAACAAAUGUUCACAGGGACAUUCUCCUCUCCCUCUUGAGUAUCUCUUCCAUGUGAUAAAAUAUUUGACUUAGUUACUGGAUGAUAUUCUGUGGAAUUGUAUUCACAUAGAGAUAUUACAGGCUCUCACUGUCCGCACUUUCUGGAAACAAUUGGGGAUAUUUCUGUUCUGAUAGGCUUUCCCCCCUGGAUAAAUGAGUCUUUACUUUGUCCUGUUUUCACCUUGUUUUAAAUGUGUUUGCGUUCUUGACUUUUAAAUUAUUUUAUGUGCACAUCUCCUUGAGACCUUAUUCCAGGUUGCAGUUGAUACAUUGAUUUAGGGUGUUGAGGAUGACAUAUACAGUGUGGUCUUAACCCUGAAGCUGCUACGAUAAUGGGAAUAGACAGCGCGUGAUCAUUAUGGGGAGAAUGGACUCAAUCUAUGGGGUGAACAGGUCAUCUGUGGGGCUCACCUUAAGCACACAUUGCCGGUCAGCUGAGCAUCCAGUUUUGUUGAUCAUGGGGUGCAGUCUUAAAUAUUAGAUCCAUCUGCCCUUGCAAAAUAAAGAACAGUGUUUAUUCACUUCAUCUUUUGGAUAACAUGGCUGCGGGUAUAGGAUGGUAUACAGAUUUAAGUGGUAGUAAUAAUAAUAAUAAUAAUGGCUGAUGCCAACUCCAGGUGUUCUAGGCUGAUACAGAUUAUCUUGGCCGUUUAGAGGGAUGAAAAUUUCCUUGAGAGUUAGAAAUAUAGUUAUAUUAGCACUUGACAAUCCUUUUGGACCAUGUCUGUAGGCUUGAUAUUUUAGACACUCAAAAUAUGGGGUGGGGAGAAGCUGGCAUGGGACAGGCAUUUUUAACUGAGCUGGACCACACAGAUGUGUUUGGCCUGAUCCAAUAGGCUUCCUGCAUUCAGCAUCUUCAUAUACAAAGUACACAAUGACACAUGGGCUAUCUACUGCAACCCCCUCUCCCGUUCUCAGUUAGGUACCAGGAUGCACUUCUUUCAUUCGUUUCUUACCCAAAGUACUUUCAUCUGAAAAAACUCUGUGUUGCCAUGUUCAGAUUUUGCCCAUAAUAUUUACCGUUCCAAGAGAGAUUUGAGCUUCUGGUCAAUUCUUUGUUGCCAAACAGUUGAAACUUAGAAGAUUUGGCCCAGUGGGUCUUACAAAGUUGAUCUUGAUCAAAUACGUUUUAGGGCUCCUCAAGAUCUCAACUCAGCAGCAUUCUUGUUUUGCUUUCUCCAUUUCCUUUAACUAUGUUCAAUGAACAAUAUAAAUAAGAAGGAGUAAUUCACAAGCAAAAUGUUUCCCAGUGUCCUUUAUCCUGAGAGGUGAGAGGUGAAUAAGAGGAGGUGUCAAGAAGUCAAACAUACCAUCAUGAUCUAUGUUACGAUUUGGGCUGUAGAUGCAGGAGUUACUAUUCAUAUGAAGACACAUUUAAGAGGGUUCUGUCAUUUGGGUUUUGCCCCCAUUGUGCAGUCAACAAAAUCCUGUUGUUUUACAGCCUGAUGUAUUUAGUUGGAAGUAAGCAAACCACCUCAUUCUGCAUAUUUCUAAGUUCUGCAGUUUUGUUUUAACAAAAAUAAAUUCCUGUUUCUGAGAAGAGCUUUGCUACUUGGCUUCUGUAUCACUCAUGUGCCAGUUUUUAGGAUUUUGUCUUCUCUCUCCACCGCCCCCCCCCCCAAUCUAGUGUAAGACAUCAGUAAUGGUUACUUGAAUAAAAUCCUAAAUGCAAAGGCGA